UCCUGCCCAGGCUGCAUACACGUGGCCUCAGAGGGGAGGGGGGCUCCCGGAACCAUCGCAUCCCUGCCCGGGGGGUGCCCGCGCCCUGCGCCCGCUGAGUGUGGCCAGCGCUCCCGGGGCUGGAGUUGCAGGGAGGUCCGCGCCGGGAGAUUCCAACAAUGUCUCAUUUCAACAAAGCUGAGCAAGAUGACUGGAUGACUGUUUAUCUGAAGUAUCUCUUGUUUGUGUUUAAUUUCUUCUUCUGGGUGGGUGGUGCUGCAGUGAUGGCUGUUGGCAUAUGGACCCUAGUUGAAAAAAGCGACUAUCUGAAUAUCCUGGCAUCGAGUACAUUUGCCGUGUCUGCAUACAUCCUGAUCUUUGCAGGAGGUCUUGUGGUGAUUACAGGUUUUCUGGGAUUCUGUGCAAUCAUCAGGGAGCAAAGGAGCUGUCUUUCCGCACUAAGCCAGGCGCUGAAACAGCACUUGACCCAGACCCUGACUGAGAAUUAUGCUCUUCCUGGGAAAACACACAUCACACAUUCUGUCGAUCGCCUGCAGCAAGACUUGAAGUGCUGUGGCAGCAAUAGCUCUGCUGAUUGGCAGCACAGUAUCUAUAUCCUGUCCGUAGAGUCCAGUGGCCGAGUGGUACCAGAUAGCUGCUGUAAAACAGUCACCUUCAAAUGUGGGAAGAGGGAUCAUCCAUCUAACAUUUACAAGGUGGAGGGAGGAUGCAUUACAAAACUGGAACAGUUCCUGGCAGAUCACCUUUUGAUUAUGGGAGCUGUUGGCAUAGGAGUAGCUUGCCUUCAGAGCGGUGGGAUGAUUUUUACCUGCUGUCUACACAGAAGAAUUAAAAUGGACUCUUACUGAAGACUAAAAGUCUCCACUCUCUUUGCCUUAAUGCACAAUUUAGAGAAGCAACAUUUCAACGUGUAUCAGUGUCAGUAUUACCUGUGCAUGCUUAAUGGGCCAUAUUUAUAGCCUCCUUCUCUGUUCAUGUUGAUAUGCCUUAAAUUGAGAUGAAUUUUAGCAAGGUCACUGCCUGAGACACUUUUCAAUCUACCUUGAAAUAAUUCUUAACUGAGAAGAGAAAAAAAUAUUUUCUAUUGGUUUUUUUGGACAAGAUUUUUUUUUUUAAAGUGUUACUACUUUUAUGCAGUAUGUUUGUAAAAACAUUCUUUUGUAGCUCCACAAUCUGCAUCGUGCAGUAACAGGGCAUCCUCUACAUAGUCAUCCCAGAUAUUCUUAGUUUAACAGAAAUAUCUUCAUGACUGUAGGAUAAUGUAACUUGAGCAACUAACUUUAUUUUUGGAAAUGGAGGGAUUUUUUUAUAUUUCAUAACAAUGUCAACUUUUUGCUGUUUAGUUUUUUGGGGUUUUUUUUCCCCAGUCUGUGUCUGUCUCCCCCUCCCUCCAGGUCCAACUGAAGCUGCAUUGCAGUCACAGCACCUUUUGUGUCAGACAGAGGGUAAUAGACUGGCCCUGCUGCCAGAGCUGCACCAGGGAUAGCCCAGCAGAGGAUACUAGAUGAGUAGACUGGCUGCAUUUCAGCUAGAUUUGAUUUAGAACAAUGGUUCUCAGACUGUGGGUCGGGACCCCAAAGUGAGUCACGACCUUGUUUGAGUGGGGGCGCCAGGGCUGGCUUAGACUUUCUGGGGCUUGGGGCCGAAGCCUGAGGGCUUCAGCCCUGGGUGGAGGGGCUCAGGUUAGAGCAGGGGUCUCAAACACGUGGGCCGCAUUUCCUGCGGGCCGUGCUCCCCCCCCGGCCCAACUCCAGGCCAGGGGUGAGCAAACUACAGCCCGUGGGCCGAAUCCCGAGGCGGCCGGCACAACGUCCCUGCGGCCCGGGGGGAGGGGCAGAGGGCUCCGUGCGUUGCCCUGGCUUCCAGGCACCGCCCCCCGCAGUUCCCAUUGGCCGGACACGGGGAACCGCAGCCAAUGGGAGCUUCGGGGGAGGUACCUGGAGGAGUGGCAAAAGCAGCGCACGGAGCCCUGUGCCCUCGCCCACACCCCUCCCUCCCCUGGGCCGCAGGGACAUGGCUCUGGCUGCUGAGCGGAGUGGGGCUGGGGCCGGGGCCGGCAGGCAGGGAGCUGCCACCCCGGGGCCACUCUAGGUAACCCCAACCCCCUGCCCUAAGCCCCCUGCCUGCACCCCAACCCUCUGCCACACCCCACCCUCCCUUCUGCACCCCAACCCCCUGCCCUGAGCCCCCACCACACCCCGCACUCCUCCUGCACCCCCUGGGGGCAGGGAGGGGGCAGAGUUGGGGUGGGGACUUCGGGGAAAGAGUUGGAAUGGGGACAGGGAAGGGGUGGGAAGAGGCAGGGCAGGGGCGGGGCCUCAUGGAAGGGGUGGAGUGGGGGCAGGGCCAGGGGCAGCGGGGGGGGGUGUCUGUGAUGCGGCCCUUGGGCCAAUGUACUAGUCCUCUUGUGGUCCUUGUGGUCAUUUGAGUUUGAGACCCCUGGGUUAGAGGCCCCCUGCCUCGGGCUGAAGCCCUUGGGCUUUGGCCUCCCGCCCGGGGUGGUGGGGCUUGGGCUCAGGCUUCGGCCCCGCCAACUGGGGACCUGUAGUAAUUCUUGUUAUCAGAAGGGGGUCGUGGUGCAGUGAAGUUUGAGAACCUCUGAUUUAGAAGUAUGUUCAAUUAUAAUGUAGGGCCUCUGGGAAGAUUUUGAGUAGGAGGCAACAGUGGGAGCGUAUCCGCUUUUGCAUUGCCUCUUGUUGCUGUUCCAUAUUUAUCUGAAGUGCCUCCGUUACAACUUUUAGCUUUACUGCUUUUUUGCAGACUACCAGCACAAACCUAACUGAUAAAAGAGGAGAUUUUGUGCACAGCUUAGGGAUCCUGAUUCAGAGGAGAAAAAUCUCUUUUUCCAAAGAUUCUGAAAUACUACACUACAUCAUUCAACUGUUGUCUGUCAUCAGAAUAAGAUGCAUUAUAUUAACUCCACUUAGGUAUAAGGGUUGUUCUGCUAACGAACCUUAUAGUUAUGAAGAAUAAAUAAAAAGAAAUAGCAUUAAAAACAAAGCUGAAUUGCUGUCACUUUGCUGUAAUUGCCAAAUUGCUCAGAAACCACUUUGAUGAGCACAGGAUGGGUACAUGAUUAGAUAGCUGGAAUGGGUGCCUAGAUGGAACAGAUGGCUAGAGGUGCAAUCAAUUUUCUUUCCGAUUCUCUCUUUCAGGACAGUGAAAUUCUUUCAGUAACAAAUGAUUCUGCUGCCACAUAGUUAGUUCUUGAUUAUGCAGUUGCAAAAUAGAAGGAAACCCCUAGUUCUUUAUAUAUAAUUUAAAAAAUACACUUGUAAUUUUAUGAGAGAUUCAACAGUUUUGCAAAAUACAAGUGAACCCAAAGUAGAUGCAGUUUCACAAAUUACACUUGGGUGUGUUACUUGACACUUGGUUACUAGUACUUAAAUACGUGUAAGAAUAAUCAUUUUUCUAUUGCCAGCGAUACCUCUGAGACUUGUUUUAAGAUAAACUGUAAGAAAAGAUACUUUAUUUAAGGACAACUUUAUAUAUGUUGUUUUGUGUGUAAUAUUAAUGAUUUUCAGAUUCUCAUAGCCUUAUAUGCCUCUGUAACACAGUCAUUCCAGCUAGCUAUAUUCUAUGGACCUGCUACUUCACUGAGGUUAUGUCUACACUACAAAUUACUUCAGUAUAACUUACAUCGCUCAGGAGUGUGAAUAAGCCACAACCGCUGAGCAACAUAAGUUACACCGACCUAAGUGCCGGUGUAGACAGCGCUAUGUCGACAGGAGAGCUUCUCCCGUUGACAUAGCUACCACCUCUCGAGGAGGCAGGAGUUAUUGAGCUGAUGGGAGAGCUCUCUCCCAUAGGCUUAGAGCGUCUUCACCAGAAGCACUACAGCGGCAUCGGUGCAGCUGCGCCUCUGUAAAUGAUGUAGUGUAGUCAUAGCCCAAGUUAUGUUUGGCGUCUUUCAAAUCACAGUCUGUCUCCUUAACUCAGCUGCCAGGUUUUUACCAGCAAUUGUUUGCUAGUUCCCACCUCCUUGUUUUAUAGAUUACCACCAGUAACCUUCUGUUUGAGGCUAGGACUGCCAAACGGCAUAGGUUAGGGAAAGGCGGGAGGCAAUGCAUGCAUUUCAAGUAAAGGGUCAUUUAUGACAUAUUUGGUGAUCCUGUGUGUGCACCUCCACCCACAACCAGCUGAAUAAUCCCUAUUACUUUUAUUUUUAACCUGCUUGAGAUAAAACUUUAUUGAUACAACCCAUUACUUUACUUGAACUUACUAUUUUUGUAUUAUUUGUAUUACCAUAGGGCCUAGACACUCUAGUCGCGGACCAGAAACCCAUUAUGCUAGGCACAAUACAAAUGCAGAACCAAAAAACCCCUAUCUCUGCCCCAAAGAGCUUACAACGUCAGUAUUAGACAAGAGAUAACAGGUAAAGACAGACCAAUGGGGGAGUACAAGGACACAAUGAGACAAUGCUGGUCAGCAUGACAGGAAGUGAUCUCAGCAUACCUGCAGCCUAAACUGUUGUAAACUGAUAAACUGUUGUAAAGUUUCUUAUAGUCAUCCCAGCAAAGAAGAGGUUUAAGGAGGGUUUUGAAGGAGGAAGAGGAGGAGGAGGUAGUUCUGUGGAUGUUUCUGGGGAGCGCCUCCAAACAUGAGGGGCAGCAUGGGAGAACACACAAAGGUGCUUGUUUGAAAAUUUAACAAGUGGGCAAUUGAGGCUGGUAUCCUGGGCUCAGGAUGGCGGUGGGAGCCAACAUCUUGAUACUGAAUGAGAAAUGAUAGGAAGGGCUAGGCUGAGAAGCUGUAUGUUUGUUGCAAUGGUAAGUAGAACCGGUUAGGUUUUUUUUAUAGCAGUGCAAACAGAUACUCAAGCAGCCUUCCUCUAUGUCGUAGGCUACUGUUCAUGUUAUCCAUGCUAAAUAAUGUGACAGCUGCAAAUGAAGGACUAAUGAAAGGUGGCAUAACGGUGACAGAUUCCAGGGCUUUUCUGCUGCAUUAUCUUGAGUCAGAUGCUUGGACCGUACAUAUAUCUGACAAGGUGUUUUUACUGAGUCAUUCUGAGGUUACAAGAGGUCCAGUUAGUUCCAUUCAAGAAAUAUAAGAUGGGUUGGAGCCUCUCCCUCACAUAGAAGGAACGAGUGGCUGGGACAGAUGAGAUCUGCAGGGCAAACCCCAUGAACAGCCAAUUUGGGGAUGAAAGCAGCAUAGAUUGAAGUAUGUUUUUCACUGAUAUUUGUUACCCAUAAAGUUACCUUCCAGGAAGGAGGUAAGACUCAGAUCUGGGAUCUGACAUCAUGUGGGCAGACUGUCAAUUGUAGGAUUGAGGCCUAAAUUUGUACUUUAUAAAAUGUGAGUAUAUUCUGUCCAGGCCAAAUUGUGAACAUCACCUCCUUACAGACAGCAAGUAGCUUUUCUGUUGAUAAAGUAGUUUUUGUGUAAAGGUGGUGCAGAAUUCAUCAGGAUAUUAACUGACUGCUUUAAAAAAAAUUCAAAGUGGAAAAUGUCACUUUGCACAGUGGCUUUCAUUUCGUGUUAGAUAAAGUCUCACUAGCUCUCAGAAAGGUGCUGCACAAUCAAAGGUACAGCUGGAGAGGAUAUUAAACAAUAUAAAGAACUAAGCCUCAAACUUGUAUACAGUUUAAAGCAGUGGACACAAAUAUGCCCUCCAGUCAGACAUAAAAUUUAGUGGAGGAAAAGCACUUUUGCCAUAUUGUACUUUUAUAAAAUACACAUUAUCAGUUUGUUUGAAAUUGUAAUGUAAACAGUCCAUCAGUUAGAGUAAUGUAAAAAUGCUGCAUUAAGUUAAUAGCAGAGUACAGAACUUCAGUAUAACAGCUGUUACGCCAACUUUUGCCUCGUCAAAAAAUCCCAAUGUAUCUUACUGUGCCUGUUUCUUGCCAUAUUUGACUGAUUGUUAUGCUGUUCUCUGUGGUACUAUAAUCUUUCAGUGAAUAAAGGCAUAGAAUUUAAAUCAGAACUAAGUCCCAUAAGUACAUUUUAUUUCAUUUCAGUGAAAUAGAAAUUGUUUUUUUAGUCCCUGGAUGGUAAAAAUUUCCCUUAUCAAAAAUCCUAUGGAAUUUUAUUGAAUAGACAUUAUAUCCCUGCUAUAGUAUGGCUCUUCACUCUAUUAAAAUCAGUAGGUUAGUACAGCAGUUUCUAAAGAAUUUUAAUGGUUUCAUCUCUGUUAAAUUCUAAAGGACUUUAAGGGUUGAGAGCAUGGUCUGGUGGAUUGGGCAUUGGACUUGCAGAUGGGAAAAUCUCAGGUUUGCCACCAAUUCACUAUGCAGUGUUGAGUAUGUCACAGCUCUGUGCCUCAGUUUCCCCUCUCUGGGAAAUGGGGAUAAUGCUAAUUACUCACCAGAGUACAGUAUUUUGAAAACUAUCAAUAAAAGCAGCUCAAUAUUAACAACAAAUAGAUAUUUUUCUGUGCUGAUUGUACUGUAAGUAAAGCAAAAGUGUGCUCCUGUACUAGUUGCUGGCAACGUGUCUGAUGUAGUAACAUAUGCUAUUCCUCAUUUCUCUGCCGAAGCACUGUCUCAUUUUGUGGGGACACUACCAGCCCUAAAUAGAUUUAUGGCACAUCUGUUCCAGUGCAGUCUCAUUUUGUUUCCUUGUCUUAGAAGCAAUCUGCUAUUUGA